GUACCGAAUGAACCGUGCAAUAUGCAGACCAUUAAAGAGAUCUGUGCCUCCUUUCCCUGCGUGCGGAGUGCGUCCAGCUUGAUCCACGGAUUCGAGGGUAUUUGCCCCGUCGGGUUUCGUGCGAAGAGUCAGACAGAGCUGCAAUGUGUGAAUGUGGACGGGUGUAGCACCGAUUUCAAGAUCAAGUCAAACUUCGGCGAAGACGUCUGUAUGAACGGGGGUAUUUGCAUAAAUCUGAUUCCAAAUCCCGAUCAAGCUAUGAUCUUGGGAAAGGCCAGCAAAAAUCGUCAUUACAGCAAGAAUCUGUAUGGAUUUAAGUAA